AUGGCUACGCUUGAGUACUACAAACAGCAACUGAAAGAAGCGAAAGACGAACUGGACAAUGCGAACGCAGCGUUGAAGAGUUUCCAGGAGUCGAAAGACCGAGGAGGGAAACUAGACGAGUUGAGAGACAAGGAGCUGCAGGAGGACCUCAACACAAAGGAGCAGGCUGCGCUGUCGAGGCUGGCGGACGAGGAGACAGAGCUGAAGAAGCGCGUGAACCUGUGUACAGAGGUCUGGGCUAAGUGGAAUGAGGAGGUGCUGAAGAGGGAAAAGGAUGCUCAGACAGGUAACGACUUUGGGACGCGUUGGGGACAGAGUAGUGUCUACACUCCCCUGCCAAAAAUUUAG